AUGGCAAUUCUUCUUCCUGUGGACCUGAACUUUCCACUUCCUGCUUCAACAACUUUGCUUAGUUUCUCUUUGUCUUGUUCCAUUUUCCAGAGCAAUAGCACAAUUCUCGUCAAGUCCAUCCCGCUUUUACUCUCAAACUCCAACUUCGCGUUUCCAUUUCCAGGUCCUAAAUUCAAAUUCAGGGAAAAGGGGAGAAGUGGUAGAUCGAGGAUCACUCCUUACUAUGCCAAAAAUUCUGACAAGGAAAAGUCUACAAUUGUGAUGGAAAAAAGCAUAUCGAUGAUUCUUUUGGCUGGGGGGAAGGGAAAAAGGAUGGAAGUGAGCAUGCCAAAGCAGUAUCUUCCACUUUUAGGCCAACCAAUUGCUGUGUAUAGUUUGUACACUUUCUCACAAUUGAUUCAAGUGAAGGAAAUCAUUGUGGUUUGUGAUCCCUCUUACAAGGACAUUUUUGAAGGUUUUAUCUGUGAACCAAAGGGAAGCUUUGUGUUGAAGUUAAAUUUUGCACUCCCUAGGAAGGAAAGGCAAGAUUCUAUCUACAGUGGCCUUAAGGCAGUCGAUUCGAGUUCAGAGCUUGUUUGCAUCCCUGAUUCUGCAAGACCUUUAGUAUCAACAGGAGAUAUUGAAAAGGUUCUUAAAGAUGGUUGGCUGAAUGGAGCGGCUGUACUUGGUGUUCCUGUAAAAGCAACGAUAAAAGAGAUAUCAAUUAAUUGUAGAGACCAAUCCUUUGUUGUCAGAACUCUGGACAGGAAAACGCUUUGGGAAAUCCAGACUCCACAAGUCAUUAAACCCGACUUGCUUAAUAAAGGUUUUGAGCUAGUAAAUAGAGGAGGACUUGAAGUCACUGAUGACGUAUCUAUUGUGGAGCACCUCAAGCAUCCUGUAUAUAUUACCGAAAGAUCUUAUACCAACAUCAAGGUCACAACCCCAAAUGAUUUAUUGCUUGCAGAGAGAAUAAUGAGUUUGAGCACUAGAGUGUCAUCUUAGAAGGCUAGACUAUAUGGGCUUAAUUUGUGUGUCAUAUUGUUGUAGAAAUGGCAUUUUCUUUUAAUAAUUUUGAAAAUUGUUGGGGUGAAAGAAUUUCUUGACUUGAGAAAAAUCCUCGUGCUACCCUAGGAUUACAUACAAAAAAA